UAUAAUCGCUGACCAUUUGGAACAGGAUCAUACAGUUUCUUUUCGUAAUGCUGCAAAAUCUGAAGAAAAUGAUGUGCAAGUAUCCUUACAAGAUGGAGCUGAAGAUUCUGCUACAGUGCACCAAGAUCAAAAUAUGGUUAAGAAUAUGUUGAAUCAAAAACUGAGCGGUGGCUGCAGUGAUUCAAGUGUAUAUUUGCAUGUUUCCCUACUAAAUGAACAGAGUUCUGCAUAUUCUUCCGAGCCUUCAGAGAGCCAGUGGGUGGAGGAAAUCCAAGAAUCUGAGGAGGAACAAGAAGCCAGCGUCACAACACAAAAUAAGGACAAUGAUGUACAUUCAAAAGUGUGGCAAAGUAAGAAUUGUAAUAGAAGCAAAAGAGUUUAUGAUUGCCCUGUGUGCCAUAAACGGUUUGGUUCUCCAUCCGAACUAAAAAGACAUUGUCUUAUUCACACAAAUCAGAGGCCAUUUCAGUGUUCCAUAUGCUGCCGUGCCUUCAGAGAACGCUCUCAUCUAAAAGUACACAUCAGAACUCACACCAACCCUGUGAAGAGGAGGACACGAUCACUCCAGAGCUAUAAGGACAAAAGCGUGACCUGUUAUCUAGCAUCUAAGUCAAAGUUAAAACCCUCUCCAAAACAACCAAGUGCUCAAGACGAUACCAAAUCAACAGAUAAAGAAAUGUCAACAGCGCACCAAGACCAAAAUAUGGUUACAGAGAAUAUGGUGUCUCAAAAAAUAUGUGGUGACUGCAAUGAUUCAUGUUUACAAUUUCCAGAUUCUUUUCUAAAUGAAGGAGGUUGGGAUUGUCACACUGGAUGGAGUUCUGCAUAUUUUUCCAAACCUUCAGAAGGCCAGUGGAUGGAUGAAAACCAAAAAACUGGGGAGCAACAAGAAGCCAACCUCACAACACAAAAUAAGGACAAUGAUGUACAUUCAAAAGUGUGGCAAAGUAAGAAUUGUAAUAGAAGCAAAAGAGUUUAUGAUUGCCCUGUGUGCCAUAAACGGUUUGGUUCUCCAUCCGAACUAAAAAGACAUUGUCUUAUUCACACAAAUCAGAGGCCAUUUCAGUGUUCCAUAUGCUGCCGUGCCUUCAGAGAACGCUCUCAUCUAAAAGUACACAUCAGAACUCACACCAACCCUGUGAAGAGGAGGACACGAUCACUCCAGAGCUAUAAGGACAACAGCGUGACCUGUUAUCUAGCAUCUAAGUCAAAGUUAAAACCCUCUCCAAAACAACCAAGUGCUCAAGACGAUACCAAAUCAACAGAUAAAGAAAUGUCAACAGCGCACCAAGACAAAAAUAUGGUUACAGAGAAUAUGGUGUCUCAAAAAAUAUGUGGUGACUGCAAUGAUUCAUGUUUACAAUUUCCAGAUUCUUUUCUAAAUGAAGGAGGUUGGGAUUGUCACACUGGAUGGAGUUCUGCAUAUUUUUCCAAACCUUCAGAAGGCCAGUGGAUGGAUGAAAACCAAAAAACUGGGGAGCAACAAGAAGCCAACCUCACAACACAAAAUAAGGACAAUGAUGUACAUUCAAAAGUGUGGCAAAGUAAGAAUUGUAAUAGAAGCAAAAGAGUUUAUUAUUGCCCUGUGUGCCAUAAAAAGUUUGAUGCUCCAUCCGAACUAAAAAGACAUUGUCUUAUUCACACAAAUCAAAGGCCAUUUCAGUGUUCCAUAUGCUGCCGUGCCUUCAGAGAAUGCUCUCAUCUAAAAGUACACAUCAGAACUCAUGAUGUCCCUGUGAAGCGGAGAACACCAUCACUCCAGAGCUACAGAGACAACAUAGUGUCCUGUAAUCGAGCAUCAAAGUCACAACCCUCUCCAAAAUUUCUAACUGCCCACAAUGAUACCACUUCAACAAAUAAACAAAAGUCAACUGUGCAGCAAGAUCAAAAUGUGCUUACAGAGGAUAUGCUGUCUCAAAAAAUAUGUGGUGACUACAAUGAUUCAGGUGUACAUUUUCCAGAUUCUCUUUUAAUUGAAGGAGGUUGGGAUCGUCACACUGGACAGAGUUCUGCAUAUUCUUCCAAACAUUCAGAAGGCCAGUGGAUGGAGGAAAUCCAAGAAUCUGAGGAGGAACAAGAAGCCAACCUCACAACACAAAAUGAGGACAAUAAUGUAAAUGAAAAGGCUUUGCAAAGUCGGAAUUCAAAUGUAAACAAAAGAGUUUAUGAUUGCCCUGUGUGCCGUAAACGGUUUGGUGCUCCAUCCGAACUAAAAAGACAUUGUCUUAUUCACACAAAUCAAAGGCCAUUUCAGUGUUCCAUAUGCUGCCGUGCCUUCAGAGAACGCUCUCAUCUAAAAGGACACUUUUCAACUCACAAUAUCAGUGAGAAGCGAAGAGCACCAUCACUCCAGAGCUAUAGAGUCAAUAGUGUGCCCUGUAAUCAAGCGUCAAAAUCAAGGUUAAAAUCCUCUCCAAAACAAACAACUGCCCAAGAUGAUACCAAGUCAACAGAUAAAGAAAAGUCAACAGUGCACCAAGAUGAAAAAAUGGUUAUAGAGAAUAUGGCAUCUCAAAUUAUUAGUGGUGACUGUAGUGAAUCAGAUGCAUGUUUGCAAGACUCCCUUCUAAAUAAAAAAGGUUGGGAUCGUCACACUGGGCUGAGUUCUCUAUAUUUUUCCAAACCUUCAGAAGGCCAGUGGAUGGAGGAAAUAAAAGAAUCUGAGGAGAAACAAGAAUCCAGUGUCUCAACACAAAGUGAGGAUGAUGUAAAUGUGAUGGUGUUGCAAAGUAAGAAAUAUGAUGGAAACAAAAGAGUUUAUGAUUGCCCUGUGUGCCAUAAACGGUUUGGUUCUCCAUCCGAACUAAAAAGACAUUGUCUUAUUCACACAAAUCAGAGGCCAUUUCAGUGUUCCAUAUGCUGCCGUGCCUUCAGAGAACGCUCUCAUCUAAAAUUACACAUCAGAACUCACAUCAACCCUGUGAAGAGGAGGACACGAUCACUCCAGAGCUAUAAGGACAACAGCGUGCCCUGUUAUCCAACAUCCAAGUCAAGGUUAAAACCCUCUCCAAAAUAUCUAACGGUCCAAAACAAUGCUAGUUCAACAGAAAAACAACAGUCAGCAGUUCACCAAUAUGAAAAUAUUGUUACAGAGAUUGUGGCAUGUCAAAUUAUUAGUGGUAACUGCAGUGAAUCAGAUGGAUAUUUGGAAGACUCCUUUCUAAAUAAAGAAGGUUUGGAUCUUCACACUGGAUUGAGUUCUGCAUAUUCUCCCAAACCUUUGGAGAGCCAGUGGAUGGAGGAAAUCCAAGAAGCCAGUGUCACAACACAAAAUGAGGACAAUGGUGUAAAUUCAAAAGUGUGGCAAAGUAAGAAUUGUAAUAGAAGCAAAAGAGUUUAUGAUUGCCCUGUGUGCCAUAAACGGUUUGGUGCUCCAUCCGAACUAAAAAGACAUUGUCUUAUUCACACAAAUCAGAGGCCAUUUCAGUGUUCCAUAUGCUGCCGUGCCUUCAGAGAACGCUCUCAUCUAAAAGUACACAUCAGAACUCAUGAUGUCCCUGUGAAGCGGAGAACACCAUCACUCCAGAGCUACAGAGACAACAUAGUGUCCUGUAAUCGAGCAUCAAAGUCACAACCCUCUCCAAAAUUUCUAACUGCCCACAAUGAUGCCACUUCAACAAAUAAACAAAAGUCAACUGUGCAGCAAGAUCAAAAUGUGCUUACAGAGGAUAUGCUGUCUCAAAAAAUAUGUGGUGACUACAAUGAUUCAGGUGUACAUUUUCCAGAUUCUCUUUUAAUUGAAGGAGGUUGGGAUCGUCACACUGGACAGAGUUCUGCAUAUUCUUCCAAACAUUCAGAAGGCCAGUGGAUGGAGGAAAUCCAAGAAUCUGAGGAGGAACAAGAAGCCAACCUCACAACACAAAAUGAGGACAAUAAUGUAAAUGAAAAGGCUUUGCAAAGUCGGAAUUCAAAUGUAAACAAAAGAGUUUAUGAUUGCCCUGUGUGCCGUAAACGGUUUGGUGCUCCAUCCGAACUAAAAAGACAUUGUCUUAUUCACACAAAUCAAAGGCCAUUUCAGUGUUCCAUAUGCUGCCGUGCCUUCAGAGAACGCUCUCAUCUAAAAGGACACUUUUCAACUCACAAUAUCAGUGAGAAGCGAAGAGCACCAUCACUCCAGAGCUAUAGAGUCAAUAGUGUGCCCUGUAAUCAAGCGUCAAAAUCAAGGUUAAAAUCCUCUCCAAAACAAACAACUGCCCAAGAUGAUACCAAGUCAACAGAUAAAGAAAAGUCAACAGUGCACCAAGAUGAAAAAAUGGUUAUAGAGAAUAUGGCAUCUCAAAUUAUUAGUGGUGACUGUAGUGAAUCAGAUGCAUGUUUGCAAGACUCCCUUCUAAAUAAAAAAGGUUGGGAUCGUCACACUGGGCUGAGUUCUCUAUAUUUUUCCAAACCUUCAGAAGGCCAGUGGAUGGAGGAAAUAAAAGAAUCUGAGGAGAAACAAGAAUCCAGUGUCUCAACACAAAGUGAGGAUGAUGUAAAUGUGAUGGUGUUGCAAAGUAAGAAAUAUGAUGGAAACAAAAGAGUUUAUGAUUGCCCUGUGUGCCAUAAACGGUUUGGUUCUCCAUCCGAACUAAAAAGACAUUGUCUUAUUCACACAAAUCAGAGGCCAUUUCAGUGUUCCAUAUGCUGCCGUGCCUUCAGAGAACGCUCUCAUCUAAAAGUACACAUCAGAACUCACAUCAACCCUGUGAAGAGGAGGACACGAUCACUCCAGAGCUAUAAGGACAACAGCGUGCCCUGUUAUCAAACAUCCAAGUCAAGGUUAAAACCCUCUCCAAAAUAUCUAACUGUCCAAAACAAUGCUAGUUCAACAGAAAAACAGCAGUCAGCAUUUCAUCAAAAUGAAAAUAUUGUUACAGAGAUUGUGGCAUGUCAAAUUAUUAGUGGUGACUGCAGUGAAUCAGGUGGAUAUUUGGAAGACUCCCUUCUAAAUAAAGAAGGUUUGGAUCUUCACACUGGAUUGAGUUCUGCAUAUUCUCCCAAACCUUUAGAGAGCCAGUGGAUAGAGGAUAUCCAAGAAGCCAGGGUCACAACACAAAAUGAGGACAAUGGUGUAAAUUCAAAAGUGUGGCAAAGUAAGAAUUGUAAUAGAAGCAAAAGAGUUUAUGAUUGCCCUGUGUGCCAUAAACGGUUUGGUGCUCCAUCCGAACUAAAAAGACAUUGUCUUAUUCACACAAAUCAGAGGCCAUUUCAGUGUUCCAUAUGCUGCCGUGCCUUCAGAGAACGCUCUCAUCUAAAAGUACACAUCAGAACUCACACCAACCCUGUGAAGCGGAGAACACCAUCACUCCAGAGCUACAGAGACAACAUAAUGUCCUGUAAUCGAGCAUCAAAGUCACAACCCUCUCCAAAAUUUCUAACUGCCUACAAUGAUACCACUUCAACAAAUAAACAAAAGUCAACCGUGCAGCAAGAUCAAAAUGUGCUUACAGAGGAUAUGGUGUCUCAAAAAAUAUUUGGUGACUACAAUGAUCCAGGUGUACAUUCUCCAGAUUCUCUUUUAAUUGAAGGAGGUUGGGAUCGUCACACUGGACAGAGUACUGCAUAUUCUUCCAGACCUUCAGAAGGCCAGUGGAUGGAGGAAAUCCAAGAGUCUGAGGAGGAACAAGAAGCUAACCUCUUAACACAAAAUGAGGACAAUGAUGUAAAUGAAAAGGCUUUGCAAAGUCGGAAUUUAAAUGUAAACAAAAGAGUUUAUGAUUGCCCUGUGUGCCAUAAAAAGUUUGAUGCUCCAUCCGAACUAAAAAGACAUUGUCUUAUUCACACAAAUCAGAGGCCAUUUCAGUGUUCCAUAUGCUGCCGUGCCUUCAGAGAACGCUCUCAUCUAAAAGUACACAUCAGAACUCACACCAACCCUGUGAAGAGGAGGACACGAUCACUCCAGAGCUAUAAGGACAACAGCGUGCCCUGUUAUCAAACAUCCAAGUCGAGGUUAAAACCCUCUCCAAAAUAUCUAACUGUCCAAAACAAUGCUAGUUCAACAGAAAAGCAACAGUCAGAAGUUCACCAAUAUGAAAAUAUGGUUACAGAGAUUGUUGGGUCUCAGAUUAUUAGUGGUGACUGCAGUGAAUCAGAUGCAUAUUUGGAAGAUUCUGUUUUAGAUAAAGAAGGUUUGGAUCUUCAAAUUGGAUUGAGUUCUGCAUAUUUUUCCAGUAAUUCAGAAGGCCACUGGAUGGAGGAAAUCCAAGAAUCUGAGGAGGAACAAGAAGCCAGUGUCACAACACAAAAUGAGGACGAUGAUUUAGAUUCAAAAGUGUGGCAAAGUAACAAUUGUAAUAUAAGCAAAAGAGUUUAUUAUUGCCCUGUGUGCCGUAAACGGUUUGGUGCUCCAUCCGAACUUAAAAGACAUUGUCUUAUUCACACAAAUCAGAGGCCAUUUCAGUGUUCCAUAUGCUGCCGUGCCUUCAGAGAACGCUCACAUCUAAAAGUACACAUCAGAACUCAUGAUGUCCCUGUGAAGCGGAGAACACCAUCACUCCAGAGCUACAGAGACAACAUAGUGUCCUGUAAUCGAGCAUCUAAGUCAAAGUUAAAACCCUCUCCAAAAUUUCUAACUGCCCACAAUGAUACCACUUCAACAAAUAAACAAAAGUCAACCGUGCAGCAAGAUCAAAAUGUGCUUACAGAGGAUAUGCUGUCUCAAAAAAUAUGUGGUGACUACAAUGAUUCAAGUGUAUAUUUGUCAAAAAGUACUAGCCCUUUAGAGAAUGUUGAGAAUAGCAAAUCAGUUUUGGGUCUGACGCAUAAAACUGACAUCUUGCUUGAUGGGAAAAAGGCAUCUGACAUUGUGCCUUUUGGCAGGGUGAGUGACUGUCCACCCAAAACUGACUCAUUUCUCCGUCAUUGUGCUCCCGAAUCAAGAACUGAGGAAAAAUGGGCACAUUACAUGGACGAUGUUGAAGAUGUCUUUGUGGACUCUGAAACUGUUGUGACACAGUGUGUCCCUGAUUCUCACGAGCCCAGUUCUUGUCAGUAUCAACAGAAACCUGAUGUUCCCAGAAUCCCAGAAGUUGUUGUGGAGCUUGAGGACUUUGAGGAUCCAGGUGAAUGCUUUAUCAAAACUCCACAUGACCUCCCCAUUUGUCCUUACUGUAGUCAGAGUUUCCGCACGGUUAGGAACUUGUAUGCACAUAAUUGUACAAACAGAUAUACUGAAGGUGAAGUGAAGAAAUCCCACCAGUGUGACAUUUGCUUCAAAUUCUUCAGUGCACCAUCCAAAUUGAAGAGACACUAUGUUACUCAUACGGGUCAGAGGCCGUUCCUAUGCACACAGUGUCAGAAGUCCUUCACACAGGCCCAUCAUCUAAAAACACACAUGCUGUCCCACAGGUAGAAUGGUUACUCAAGGGUUGUCCAAAGAUAUGACCAAACCAAAAGGGUUUUCAAUUGUAUUUCAGUUGUGUGCUACAAAGUUUUUUUGCAAUAUGUUUGGCUUUCAAAGUGCCCCAAAAUGGAUUUUUGAAAAUUGCCUUUCAUGCAGUGUGUAACACAGCUUUAAGUGAAUAAAAACACUCUGCAGUUUUAAAUCUGAAA